GUCCCACACGCUUCUAAAUUCAUCCAAGACCAAUGCAAGCAACCCAGGGUCGAGUAUAUAAUCAAAGGAACUCCUUCUCUGAGCUCCAGAGAGAUUCAAAUAGGCUAAUAGCUGCCUGCUAGUACAAAUACCCGUGAUCAAGGCAGAUCGCGGUCCCUUAGGUAUGAACGCUAUGGCUUCUUUCGGAAUUCUUGCUUUUUCCAUAGCUGCGAUUCAGGGGGCGAUCGCAGCUGUCACGUUUACCGUUCCUAGUAAGGUGCACACAGGAGGGUACAGAUACGCGCCUCUAGACCCGGCGCCGGUAGGGAUAUCCUUCGAGUUCUUCGCCUUCCCUUCCUACUUCACCAACGUCACUGCCACAACUCAAUGUCUUUCUAAUUGGAAGGACUUGACGGGGGUUUGGCCGCCGAUUCGCAUUGGAGGUACAACACAAGAUCGGGCUCUAUACGAUUCCUCAACCUCAGCAUAUGUUGUAUAUAGUGUUUCUAGUCCAGCUGAUGCACCUGCAAGCUUAACAUUCGGUUCAAGAUUUCUGACCCUCGCGGGAUCUUAUGGAGGUACGGUAGUGGUUGGUUUGAAUAGGGGCAAGAACCAGAUCCAGAACACGAUCGAUGCUGCCAAAGUUGUCGUGUCAGAGGUCAAGAAUUUGCUUGCUAUAGAGCUAGGGAAUGAGCCGGAAUAUUAUUCUAGGGCGGGGCAACCUAUCGCCUCGGGAAGCUGGUCGCCUGCGAUCGACGCGGCUUCGCAGAAUAAUUGGGAUAUAUUGGUUGGAUCCGCGGUGAAAAAAACUUCAAUUAUCCAAGCUGGCAAUUCUAACGAUUCUCCCCCGACAUGGGGCGCGGCCGAGUUGAUCGCCACGGAGAAUGCAACCGUUAAGCAAUACGUGAAGACGUAUGCCCAUCAUAACUAUCCAGGGGGUAGCGUAAACUCUCUAAUGAGCCAUAAAGGCAUUUCUACCAACUUACAUGUCUUUGACGCCGACGUGGCAGCUGCUUUAAAGGAGAAGAAGCCGUACGUCUUCGGCGAGACAAACUCUGUAUCCGGAGGAGGGGCAGCCACAGUUUCGCCCACGUUCGGAGCGGGAUUAUGGACGAUGGAUUACGUUCUACGAGCCAGCUAUAGCAAUAUAUCUCGAACAUAUUUCCACCACGGCACAGUCGGAAAUUGCCAAUAUUGUUUUUGGGGAAGGUAUAGCAUGGGUGCACCGUAUUAUGGCGCAUACGCCGCAACGGACUUUCUCGCAAAGGCAUCGCACCUCACGGCCCUUGACGACGGUAGUAGCAACUACGCUGCAUACGUUUCGUUUGGUUCAGAUGGUGCGCCGCUGAAAGCAUUAUUAUAUAAAUCUGAUUAUUUUAGUGGGAGCGGCAGUCGAUCCAGCCAAUCCUUCGUACUUAAAGGGCUGGCAGAAAGCUCACUAAAGGCCAAGAGAUUAACAGCAGAUAGUGCACAAUCUAGGGCUGAUCAAGGAGCGAAAGUGACUUACGGGGGGCAGAGUUUUACGGACGGAGAUUGUAAGAUUGCUGGAACCGAAACUUAUGAGACUCUAGCAGUAUCUAAUGGGCAAGCAACGGUCACAUUGAGUGCUAGUGAGGCCUUGUUAGUUUUUCUAUAGUACUAGGUACCUAUCUAAAC